UAAUUGUCUAAUAAUUUUUACAGAACAGAUCUACAAAUGACAUGGCUGAACUUUUAUCUUUAAAGUGGAAUAAUCAUAAAUCCACUUUCUUUCAUGUCUUGUCUACCAUUCGAGCUAAGGAAUCUUACAGUGAUGUCACCCUGGCCUGUGAUGGGAGAUUUUAUUCUCUGCAUAAGUUUGUGCUGUCAACUUGUAGUGAAUAUUUUGAGGAGAUGUUUGAGAGGACACAGUGCAAACAUCCUGUUAUAGUCUUGAAAGACAUCAAUUCUGAAGACUUGGAAGCCUUGUUGAAUUAUAUGUAUGUUGGUGAAGUUAAUGUUGUGCAGGAGAAAUUAGCUGGGCUUAUCAAAGCUGCCGAGUGUUUGAAAAUCAAAGGCUUAGCAGUUCCUGAUGAAGAUCCUAUGGAAUCUAAAGAUAAUUCUAGUAUAGGUAGAGAACAACACAAAAGAUCUCAGAGAGGCGAGGACAGCCCUCGUGCCAAGAGAAGAAGAAGAGAGAACUCGUCGGAUGUUUCUGAAGAAAUCCUCAGUCCUGUGAGGUCGCGACCGAGUGGUAGAAGCCGAGACCAUCACCACCAUCAUCAUCACCAUGGCAGUCACAAUGCCGAGAGUGCGCCUGUAGCUCCUAGUGGAGAUAAUGAAGAUGGCACCAGAGAGACCCAAGGGCUCACUGAUGCCUCUGAAGAGGCAGAAAAUUCUCCCAGUAAUGCUAAGAGACGUGCUGAUACUUCCUCAAAUAAGGCCAGCUCAACGCAGACAAAUGAAGAGAAAGCAAGAAAACAGGAAGCGAUCCCCGAAGAGAAUGUCAAGGCAGAACCAGUAGACUCAGAGGCUGAUGGAGACGACUGUACGGAGGUCCCAGGCGAACUAGAGGACAAAACCUCCCUGCACCAAGCGCUUGGUUUGGACGUCGAUGACGAAAGUGAAUUUAUUGAGGACACUUCCUUGCUGGAACCUCCUCAGACGAUGGAGGAAGUCGUGGCUGAGGUCAUUCCGGGGUCUGCUGAGUAUCAAGCAAAUUCAUUUCUUUGGGAGGGAGAUGGGAGUCUGUCCGGCUUGCCAACUGACAGUUUUACGAGCGAUUCUUCUCAUCCUCGCCAAAUAAAGGGUGGUGACCAAGACGAAAAUCUGGUUGAAGGCGAGAUGACUGAAGAAGAACUGGUUGGAAACGCGGCAGCGAUGAUCACGUCAACGUUGCUGGAGGCGAAGGAGGCGUGCGACAUGGUGGCGGAGGUCGCUGCCGCUUCUACCAUCAGGGCACACAUUAUUCUCAAUGAAGAUGUCAUCAAUAGCCUCUUCGAAGAGGAUAACACCAAUAAGCAUGCGGUUUAUAGGUGUCGCAUUUGUCUCUACACCUCUCUUAAGAAAAAUAACAUCGAGAACCACGUGAUAACGCACACCGAUCUACAGGCCUUCAAGUGUCAGUUGUGUCCUUAUAAAAGUAAUUUCAAGAAAGACUUGGUCGACCACUGCAAUCUCAAUCAUCAGGUCACCAGUGCUUCAUAAUUGUCCUAAACUCGCGAAAACAGACAAAAUCAUAAUUUUUAGUGAAGUUAGUAAUGUAUUUACGUUUUCUUUUAUCAUCGCAAGUAUAAAGAGAUCCGCCUUCUAUUAUCUAGACCUAUUAGCUCCUCAAAAGAAUAAGUUAAUUAUUCAUGUUAGGGUUAUAAUUAUAAGGAGUUUAGGUACCUAUUUUAUUUAAAAUUUAAUGAGCUAGAAUUUAUGUGUUAGCUUGAGUGACGGCGGAAUGAGCAUUGGCAGGCUUGCAUUCCUUUUUCAUAUUCACUUUAGUCAAAUUAUUUCAUCUUGUUAAAUAUUUAGUCACGGUCUUUUGGAAAACUGGGAGCGACUGUCAACUUCGGCUAAUAGCCUGAAUUAUCUGGAUUCAAAUGAUGAAAGUUCUAUUUUCUUUUGUUCAUAAACUAAAAAAACUGUAAACUGAGCAAAACAAACUGAACGAGAGCAAAGGCUGUACAAUCCUUAUGAUAUUAUUUCAGGAGUCGCCUUUCGAUUUUAUUAUAUGUAUAUUUCGAGACCUUUGGAUAUGCCGAUAUUUUUUUUACAACGUACCGGCCAAGUUUCCCAGUACGGUUGAUGAUGACAAAUGUUGACCCAAGUAUAGUUUGACAUACUAGAACUCAAAAUCAUCAGAAAUACAGUCGCUAAGAUUGUUUUAUGGUAAAGGAGAACUUUCUCCUGUAGGUGAAAUGGACGAUCAUGUGCGGACGCGUAUGAGAUAACGUCACCCAGUUGUGAACCAUUGAUGGCAUGUAGCUGUUGUGGACGGCGGGGUCGUUGAUCGUUAACUACUUAGAUGCUCGUCCAAUAUUAAUUACAGAUUACUGGAGUAUCAUUUUGCGAUGUUUUAUCUCAAAGGUUUUGUACACGAAUGUAGCACUUCUUGGUUGAGGCGAAAGUUAUGCGAGUAACGAAAUUUUUCUGUAGGCUAUUACAUAACACAGAGAUAGGCACAGAUCUAACCUGCUAUGAUCCGAUAUUUGCCUGACAUUUAAAACACUUCUUUAAAGAUUUCACAUAAAAUUUUUCAAAUGUUCCCAACCAAAGAUGACGCAGAUUAGACGCAGCUGAGAGUCCACGCUUUUUAAUUUCGAAGAAUUCACGGCUGUUUUCAUGUAUUUAUUUUUCUGAAGACAUCUGUAAUACGAGACUAACGGAGUUUGAAAUGCGUGUUAAACGUGGAAAUUUAAAUAAGGUUUCAUUGACAAACUUUUUGCCAUGUGUUUACAAAUGAUCAGCUUCAUAUUUAUGCUUAACGUGUUUAAUUUGUGCCACUACCUAUAUUUAGACAUAAGCUGAUUUUAUUUCGAAGUGUUGAUAACCAAAGACUUGUUUAUUUAGUGUAUGCUCAGGUAACUAUCUAGCUUAAAUCUUGUGAAGCUCUUGCGUCACUUGGAAAGUUUCCAUGAGAAAUAGCAAGAGCAUAGGGUAAGAAAAAAUCAUCUGACAAGAACCGAGAAUCUCUUUCUGCCAAUUGAUGCGUUUUUUUUUUUUGUGCUCUAUCCUAUACUGCUUCAUCUAUUAUCAGCAAAAAUUUCCAACGAAUCAAAUUUUUUUCGUGCUUAGUAAGCUAGUUGGUGAAAAGGCUUUAUACAUGGAACUCCCUUUACGCUAAAUUCGCAUAUUUAUUUAUUGAAAUUUUAUUUGAUUUGUUUGUCAUUUAUAUUUUCGCAUUUAUGGGAAUAGAAUUUUUGUACAUCAUUAUUACAAAUCCAAUUUUUGAUGACAUGUGCAUGUGGUUUCAAUAUGUAUAAAGCGUAAAAUAAAAUGUCUUGCAAAAACGUGAAUGCAGAUAAUUGCUAAUGAGGUAGGAGAUGGUAGAAUAUGCUACAAAUUAUAAUCUUCUGUUCGUUUUGGCUGUAAAUUCCUACUCCUUCGGAAGUGGAAAAUGCAAAUUUUUAUUGGCAAAAAAUUCUACUGCAAAAGGAAAAUUCUAGGGGAAGUUCAGACUUUUCACUGUAAUAAUUCAUCUUGGAUGGACGAAGAUAUCGUAUAACUCGCUAUUAACCUAUUGAGUUAUUUAAUCGAACCUAAUUUAUUUCUUCAACUUAGUUUUACUUGAAUGUUUACGAAUCACAUGUUCUUCUAAAUGAGAUUUUUGGGAAGAGCGAUGAGAACAAAAGCUACAAGAGAAAGGUUUUUCACCGGAAUGCGUUCUAUAGUGCCUCUCGAAGUUAGACUUUUCAAAAAAUCGUUUCUCGCAUACGGGGCAACGAUAGAAUUUGAGUCGCUGCUGUUUGUCCGUCACCUUCAGUUCAUCCAAGUUGAGUUGAUCAAAAGGCAUGACUUUGUGAACAUGAUGGCCGCCUGUGAAGUCUUGAUGUUGCAUUUGUGAAAAUCCUAGCCCCAUCUGCUGCUGCUCUGAGUGCAUGGUGAGCGCCCAGGCGAUCUGAAAACAGUAAUGCUACUAAGAAUAGCGUAGAAACAUGCAGAGGGUGAAGGAAAUGUUUGAUUAAUCGCUAUAAGCAUCAAUUACGGAAAAGACCGAUUGAAGCCGUUGCAUUUUGCAUUCUUAAUGGUUCAGUCUUUAAUCAACGGACAAAUGCAGUAAGUUAUAGACUAUUUCUUCAUUUGCUAUCAUACAUUUGUAUUCUUCACACUUGAAUGAGCCCAUUCUUGACGUUUAACACUCAAAAUUCUAAGCAUAGCGUUCAAAUUUACCCUUUGUUUGCCUAUAGUUUGCUUGGAUUAAACGAUUUUUCAACUUCAA